AUGGUGAUUUCCAGACCUCGACCCUGGCUACGCAGGCCGCUAGCUCAAGUGCUGCUAGUACCGAUCUUGAUGAGUUUGUCUGUUGUCGGUGCCAGAAGCGCGUGCCAAGCCUGGAGCACGUUCACCAGAGAUGCGCGGCACCAUCGGUGCCAUCGAUGCGGAGUGAGGUGCAUGCCGCAGGCGGAGUCUUUGGACAUUUCCAAACGCUGCUUCUUGAUCAGCACCGCUUGCGCGACUGAACGUCGUAGAGAUGCCAUCGCUGCCCUGGCAUCGGUUUGCAAUCCACGGGUUCGUGUUUUUGAACGCGAUGCUGAAGAUGGCGCCCGCGGUUGCUACUUGUCGCAUCUCUCUGUGUAUGAGGAGGUGGUGGCCGAAGGAAUUCCAUGGGCCGUGAUAUUCGAGGACAACGUGAUGGUUCUUUCUGCCGCAGACCUGCAGAGUACGUUGGAAGCCUUUGACGAUUGGAGCAGCAAAGCAGACUGGAAGAUAUUGCACCUAAGCCUGGUGCACUCGGCCGCUUCUCUAAAGCUUCGCAAAGACGAGGCUUUACCCUCAUUGUCCACGUCCAACGUCGACGUGCUGAGGGUAGAACGCACGGCGCCUGACUGGUACGGGCCAGUCAAAAUUGAUCGCGCGCCUGGCCUUGGCACGACUGCAUAUGCCAUCUCCAGAGAUGCAGCACUCAGCAUUCUGAAACGACAUGCAGAUAGUGGCUAUUCGCGGCCUAUUGAUGAUUUACUGAGCGAUCCCUCGGCAGAACUUCAGUACUUUUUACUGCCCAUGCAUUGGGUUUGCGCGCAAAUUGCCCAGUGUUGUUAG